CAGGAUCAAGCAGAACAGUUCUUUAGAAGUGGACAUACCAAUAACUGGGCAGUUUUGGUGUGUACAUCUCGAUUCUGGUUUAAUUAUCGUCAUGUGGCAAAUACUCUUUCGAUAUACAGAAGUGUCAAGAGACUGGGCAUUGCUGAUAGUCACAUUGUCCUGAUGCUGGCAGAUGAUAUGGCAUGUAAUCCCAGAAAUCCCAAACCAGCUACUGUGUUUAGUCAUAAAAACAUGGAGCUAAAUGUCUAUGGAGAUGAUGUGGAAGUGGAUUACAGAAGCUAUGAGGUUACUGUUGAAAAUUUCUUGCGUGUAUUAACAGGAAGAAUCCCACCAAGCACACCACGAUCUAAACGUCUUCUUUCUGAUGACAGAAGCAAUAUUCUGAUAUAUAUGACAGGACAUGGUGGAAAUGGUUUCCUAAAAUUUCAAGAUUCUGAAGAAAUCACUAACGUAGAACUUGCUGAUGCCUUUGAACAAAUGUGGCAGAAAAGAAGGUACAAUGAGUUGUUGUUUAUUAUUGAUACUUGUCAAGGAGCAUCCAUGUAUGAACGAUUUUAUUCACCUAAUAUAAUGGCUCUGGCUAGCAGCCAAGUAGGAGAAGAUUCUUUAUCACAUCAACCCGAUCUUGGGAUUGGCGUUCAUCUUAUGGACAGAUACACAUUUUAUGUGCUAGAGUUCUUGGAAGAAAUUCAUCCAGCCAGUCAGACAAAUAUGAAUGACCUAUUUCAGGUCUGUCCAAAAAGUUUGUGCGUUUCCACGCCUGGGCACCGAACUGAUCUCUUUCAGCGAGACCCACAAAAUGUUCUGAUAACAGACUUCUUUGGCAGUGUGAGAAAGGUGGAAAUUACAACAGAGACGAUUUCUUUGGACAGUGACUUAGCUGAUUUUGAAAGCAAAUUUCCAAAGGAUGAGUUGGCAACAGAACCACUAAAAUAUGCUGAACAACUUCCUGUAGCUCAGAUAAUACACCAGAAACCAAAACAAAAGGAAUGGCAUCCUCCUGGAGGAUUUAUUUUAGGACUCUGGGCAUUGAUCAUCAUGGUUUUCUUCAAAACAUAUGGAAUCAAGCACAUGAAACACGUCUUCUGAAUUCAAGCAAGAUGAUUGCGUUGACUGCUACUUUGGAUUCAUUGGUGUCAUUGAGUGCUCCGUAUGUGUUAUUGUGGUUGUAGUGAAAAACAGUGUUGAGAUCUCGCUUCUAAAGGUUCUUUUGAAGUCCUCUCUUCUGCCCCUUUUUCUGAAAAGAGUCUAACUUGGUUUUAAUGUUAGACUUUUUGUUACUUUUCUUGUUUUUGUUUAAAACUUUUAAUGCUUUUCUGAGCAAUUUUUUCUUUCUGGUUAAAUGUGGAAAAAAAGGAGGGACCUAAACACAGUAACAACAUUUCUGAGGU